UAAUUUGCUCCUCUGCCACAUCCUCCUUCAUGUCCCACUCUCUGCCUUCUUCUUCUCUCUCUCUGUUCGAUUCUUUGCUGUAUAUAUAAGUAAUCUUUCACUAAAUUUCCUUUGUUCUUCGCCAUUGAUUUCGACCCAAUUUUGUUCUCACUCUGCGACGCUCUCACUCACUCUUCUUCAAUGUAAUCUUUCAUUUGUUUUUUCUAUGAUGGGUUUCUUUCAUCUUCAUUAUCUUCUUUCUUCUUGUUGCAAUUCAUGGGGUAUUUGAGAAAUUGAUGAGGGCAAAAGGGAUUUGAGUCAAAUACGAGAUUAUGAAGGUUAAGGAAAUGCAUCCUCUGUGCUGCAUCUCGGUCGAAAGUUUUGGAAUCGGAUGUGGUGGCGAUGGAGACAAGUCCAGAGACGAAGCUGCGGCGUUGCCUCUGUCUAGGACGAAGAGCAUGCCGGCGAGUUUUGCGGCGUUUUCCGAUGGAUCUGAUGGGAAUGUUAUCAGACGGCCACUUGGAUCCAAAUCCACAGUCGCUGGAGUUCUUCAGAAGUGGACCAAUUACGGCAAGGGGUGGAGAUCGAGGUGGUUUCUCCUCCGUAAUGGGGUAUUAUCCUACGCGAAGAUUCGCCGGCCGGAGAAUCUGAACCUUCUUUCCCCCAACGACGACGUGCGAUUGAUCGGAGAGAGUUCGAGCAAUCGGAUUCCAAGGGGAGAUGAGAAAGACAGAGGGAGGCAAAAGCAGCGGAAAGCGGUGGGAGUGGUUCAUCUCAAGAUCGGAUCAUUUCGAGAGAGCAAGUCGGAUGAUAGGAGGUUUUAUAUAUCCACUGCUACGAAGACUCUUCAUUUGAGAACUAAUUCGAAGAGUGACCGAGGUGCUUGGAUUCAAGCCUUGGCUUCUGAUCACAGCAUAUCUCCUUUAACGAAUUAUAAUCUCUCCCCGGUGCUGAGUGAUUUAUCGGUAUCAACUGGUCGAUUAACGAAGCGUUUAGUUGAAGAGGGAAUCAGUGAAACUCUUGUUAAGGACUGCGAACGGAUAAUGCUCUCCGAAUUCUCGGAAAUUCAAGGGUAUCUUCAAGUUCUAUGUGAAGAACGAUAUAACCUGCUUGAUACAAUUAGGCAGUUGGAGGCUGCUAAUUUUGAAGCUGAAGCUUCUGGAAUGAACGAUGGCGAAUUCCAACUUACGAAACACGAUCUUUCUUCUGAAGAACGUGGAAAAUAUAGUGAAUGCAGCACCACGGAAUCAUCAGACGAUAUUGAGAAACAAGAAAUCGAGGAGGAGGUUUCGGACGAAGAUGAAUUGUCCUUUUACGAUACCAGAGAUUAUUUCGCUGAAAAUUCUGUCGAGGUCGAGCCAUAUGACGUAGGUUUAGGUGGAGUUAAUAGCAACACUGAAAAUUAUCAUUAUGACAAUGCUGACAGAACGCCCGAUCAGCUGGAGUUCCAGAACAAAUAUUCACACAUUCGAAGACGUAAACAGCUUCCUGAACCGGUGGAGGAGGAGAAACGAGUUAGCCUUUGGUCAAUAAUCAAAGACAAUGUAGGAAAAGAUCUGACAAGAGUAUGCCUCCCAGUUUACUUCAACGAGCCGAUAUCGUCACUGCAGAAAUGCUGCGAAGAUAUGGAGUAUUCUUAUCUAUUGGAUCAGGCAUACGAGCAAGGAAAACAGGGAAAUAGUCUACAAAGGAUUCUGAACGUUGCAGCUUUCGCGGUUUCGGGGUAUGCUUCGUCGGAAGGCAGGCAUUGCAAACCAUUCAAUCCGCUGUUGGGGGAAACUUAUGAAGCGGAUUUUCCAGAGAAAGGGAUUCGAUUCUUCUCCGAGAAGGUGAGUCACCAUCCGACUCUGAUAGCAUGCCAUUGUGAAGGGAGAGGGUGGAAGUUUUGGGGAGAUAGCAACCUUCAGUCCAAAUUCUGGGGAAGGUCGAUUCAGCUGGACCCUGUCGGAGUUCUCACACUUGAGUUCGACGACGGCGAGAUCUUCCAGUGGAGCAAGGUAACAACAAAUAUCUAUAAUCUCAUCCUCGGGAAAGUAUAUUGCGAUCACCAUGGAACGAUGCACAUACGUGGCAAUCGGGACUAUUCUUGCAACCUCAAGUUCAAAGAGCAAUCUUUUCUCGACCGAAAUCCUCGUCAGGUUCAUGGAUAUGUCGAAGACGUAACGGGGAAAAAAGUUGCAACGUUGUUUGGGAAGUGGGACGACAGCCUGCGUUAUGUAAAUGGUUAUGAGAAUGCAAAUUCAAAGAUUCAUGAUGGUAGUUUGUUGUGGAAAAGUAGCGAACCGCCCUUGAAUCCGACUCGAUACAACUUGACUUCAUUCGCGAUCACUUUGAAUGAGCUGACACCAGGGCUCAAGGAGUUGCUACCUCCAACGGAUUCCAGACUCCGACCAGAUCAACGGCAUCUGGAAAACGGCGAGUACGAUAAAGCCAAUGAAGAGAAGCUACGGUUAGAACAAAGGCAAAGAAUUUCGAGGAAGUUACAAGAAAACGGUUGGAAGCCGAGAUGGUUUCAGAGAGAGGGUAAAGCUGGACCGUUUCGGUACGUCGGGGGAUAUUGGGAAGCGAGGAAAGAAAGGAAAUGGGAUGAUUGCCCAGAUAUAUUUGGAGAAUUGAACCAGGAGAGUACAGCAAAUUAGAAGAAUGAUAAUCAGGAUUCAGCAGAUAUAGGAGAGGUAGGAUAGACGAAGACCCUCGAGGCCAAUCGAUGGAGCAUCGACGGGGAGUUGUGGCCGAUUGGAGCGGUAGCAGAUUUGUGAUACAGAACACGAUAUGAACGAAAA